AUGACCGACACAAAGACGGCUGUUCCUAUUUCACACGAUGCCUCUCCCACCUCGCCAACCAACAUAACUGACCAGAGUCAGGGAGUCACCAUGGAGGCCAUUCCGCUAUGGAAACGUGUAUGGCGGCACAGUCUGACGCAGAUGAUGCUUUUGAGUGUCCAGGCUUUUUGCGGGCCCGCCAUGUCUGAUGCGAUUACAGGGCUCGGCGGUGGUGGCCUGGCCACUCCUCAGGUGUCAAAUAUUUCGACCGCGAUCAGAUAUGCCACGCUGGCUGUCGUUUGCUUCUUGGGCGGUCCUAUAGUUAAUAAGAUCGGUGUCAAGUGGGCCCUGGUCAUCGGCUCUAUGUCUUUCCCAAUCCAAGGGUCUGCAUACUACUGCAACAGCAAGUUUGGAAACCAGUGGUAUCUCAUUCUCAGCGGUGCGAUUGGCGGUAUCGGAACGGCUUGCUGGUAUGUCGCUGAAGCUGGGGCCAUUAUGACGCUGGCACCAUCUGGUGCUCGUGGAAAGUACCUAGCACUAUGGAUUGUCUCGCGAAAUCUUGGACAGUUGGUAGGAGGCGCAAUCAAUCUAUCGAAGAACCACGAGAAAGGCGCCAAUGGCGGAGUCACACCCGAUACUUUCAUUGCCUUUGUGAUUAUUGAGUGCAUCGCUCUUCCAUUCGCAUUAUUAAUCACUCCCUUUGAACGCGUUAUUCGAUCGGAUGGCACCCAAAUCGUGACCGCAGAGACCCUCUCUACCAAGCAGGAGCUGAAGCGCAUUGUAAAAACCAUCACCUCACGACUGAUUGUCCUUUCGUCGCUGUGGGCAUUGUGGUCGUUUUUCUACACUGGUACUUGGACUACCUACUUAGGAACCUACUUCUCCGUCCGGGCCCGGGCGCUGUCAUCUCUGGUUUCGCCCUUCUUCUGCAUCAUCGGCUGCUUCGGUCUCGGCUACAUCCUGGACAUGAAAGGACUCAGCCAGCGCCGCCGCGCACAAAUUGGUCUUUAUACCGUCGUAGUCCUCAAUGUCGGUGUAUACAUCUGGUCCAUCGUCAUGCAGACCAAGUUCAACCGCCAUGACCCUGGCCACAUUGAUUGGGAUGACGGACUGUAUGCUUCGUCCUUCCUGCCGUACUUCUUCGUCCAGACCACAGGUCCGCUGUCACAGUCGUACAUGUAUUGGCUUCUGUCAUCUUUUGCAACGGACGCGCAGGAGAACGUUCGGAACGGUGCCGCAUUCAGAUGCAUUGAAGCGAUCGGCCAAGCAAUUGCCUACGGCAUGAACACUCAAACAACGAGUAACCCUCUCAUCGGAUUUUGCGUGACGUUCGCCCUCCUCGGAGCUUCUCUGCUCCCCAUGAUUAUGCUGGUCAACACGACGCCGGACCGCAUUCCCGCUGAUGUAAUUGCUGAGCAGCAGGAUGUCGCUCGUGAGAAGCUUGAGAGUGCGUAG